AUGGAGUUUGGGGAGGAAGAUGACCCAGGUGCCGGGAGGGGCGGCACGGCCUGGGUGCUGCGCCGGGGCAGAGUGAACGUGCACCGCUUCACCGGGUUCCCUGCGGCGCCCUCAGAGUCUCUGCAGAUCCGGGUGGACUUUUCCCAGCCGGCCACGAGAGCUUUCCCGGUCCUGCUGCUGGUGAGGUUCUCCGAGAGGCCGACUCCUGCUGACUUCCUGCUGAAGCAGGUGCACUUCUGGCCAGGGCUCACGGCACAGGUCUUCGUCCCAGCCGCUCUGCUGCAAGGCCCCGCCUUGGGGUACCUGUCCCUGUUGGAUGCGGACUAUGACAGGGACCCUCCGAACAGAUACUUGGCCGAGGCUGUGAACUACACCGUGCGCCUGCAGGGGGCCCGCUGCCUGCUGUGGGAUGGGAGGCGGCGGGAGUCUGAGAGCUUCUCCCCACAGCCUGGCGCCUCUGCAGGGAAAGUGAGCUGCAGCUACAGCCGCCUCGCCACCUUCACCGCCUUCGCCAUCGCAAGAAGAAGCCUGAACACCAGCUUUGAGACGGGGGACACUGCCGAGUUCCAGGGACACCCGGAAAACCUGCUUCCCAGUAUCGUUAUUGUGGUUUUUACAAUUCUUUAUGCACUUUUGGUCACUAAAAGCAAACGCAUAGAUCUUCGUGAGAAAAAGAAAACUGGCUACAUUUUUCUGCAAGGAAACGCCCCGCCCGGUCACCAGCUGUACGCGGUUGUCGUGGACACAGGCUUCCGGGCUCCGGCCCGCUUUACCGCAAAGGUCUGCAUUGUUCUGUGUGGUGAAAGAGGACUUUCCGAGCCCAGAGAGCUCUGCUGUCCAGAGAAGCCCCUGUUUGAGCGGAAUUCCAGACACACCUUCGUCCUGAGCUUCUGUACUCCAAGUUCACGGAGCUCCUGGAGGACCUCCACGUGUGGGCCUCUGUGCACAGCCGGCCGUCGGGCAGGGGCCUCCUGCACACGCCGCGCCUCGGUGUGGCCUUCACCUUGCUCUGCGCCUACGCCUGCCUGGCAGCCCUGGUCACGGCUGCAGGACACGAGCAGCUCCCGCCGGGUGUCGGCCCUGCUGCUGUCCCUCUGGGGUCCUUCGGGACGGGCUUCCUGUGCACCCUCCUGGCUUCUCCGGGUGCUCAGCUCUUGUCGCUGCUCUUCAGGCUCAGCCAGGAAGUCCACGGAUGCCCCUCAGCACAGCCACGCCCGUCCCUGA